CUUUUCUUUUGUAUGUGAACUCUUAAGUGUUCACAAUACGUUAAGUAGCGAUUUGCAGGGAUACUUUGAUAAUUUCAUAGUAUUUUAAAGACAUGAGUCGGGGUGUCAAAAAUGACUCAUAGACUCCAUUAUAUACUAGUGACAGCCAUUCUCGUAUCGAAGGAAUAAUAAUCGUCCACGCCCGCAACAACCAGAGUUUUCUCACCAAUCAAGAAUUGCUAGUCCCGAUCAAUAGUUCUAUUGGUCGUUUCUUGCAAAUUAAAUGAGAAAUUUUCGUCUUUGGAUUGCUACCCGAGCAUUCUAGUUGGAGAUAGCUGGGCGGACGUGGAAUAAAAGACAAGCUCCUUUCCUCAACAAUCUCCAACGGUUCUGUACACAAAGAAGAGCAGUAAAUUCAUUGCAUCUGGCGGACGACUAAAUGAACGUAACAGUCACUUUGUGAUCACUUAUUUAACUACAAAAUUCAAUAUGCAUAACAAAGAAACAAUUCAUGUCAAUCAAAACAUGGCAGGUGCUGAGAGCACGAUAUCCUAUUUUCAUAACAAUCAUACAAACAAUUGUGAUGAGACAACCCACGAUCAAGCAUCAGAGAUCUCAAAGCCAGCUGGGAACACAAAGCUGAAGCCCUCCUAUUCCUUCCAAUCUAGCACCUCAACUCUCAGUGCAUCGUCGUCCAUUGAUGAAGAAUUCAAGGCAGGGGUCUGUAAUUUUGAUAGGAAGAAUGGAACUUCAUUCGUGGACACUAAUUGUGAACUGUCCAAAAAACUAGGUUGCAUCGCAGUUGGAGAUGGAGGGCAAUCCUCUGCAAUUGCGCAGUAUCCCAUUGGCAAUCAGUGCAGUGAACAAUCAUGCUCAUCAAACAAUAAGAAAAAAUCAAUGCCUCUUUUAAAAACAGUUCUUCUAUACAAUGAUUGCAAAGAUAAGUCAGAUGGCAGGGUCUCCGUUUUAGCAUCGUGCGUGAGUGAAUAUAUAAAGGCUGUUUUUCAGAAGCUUGACUGUCACGCCAAAGGCUCGAUAUCAAUAGAGGAGUUUAAUUCUCUCUGCAAAGUGCUUGACAUCAGUACGGCCAUCAGUCAUAGACACUCUUGGCUGAACGAAGACGGAAGGAUUACGCUUGCAGGGUUUGAAAAAUUAUUGUGGGAGCGAGUCACGAACGACGGCGAACAAACUCUUCCAGUAAGCCUUGAAGAACGGCGGUCCAGUCCCAUUCUGGCGCUCUCUGCACUUCACACCUCCCUUAGUCUCCAGAGUUUGAAAGCGAUCAUGAAUGACUUGAAGGAGAUUAGUUUAUCUAUGACGAGUAAUGAUAAAAUCACCGGAGAGGCCAAUGCUGAUGCUUCAUUACGAACGGAGCUAGAUGCAUCCAGUAACAAAUUUUCUGAAAACUCUGAAUCACUUAAAGGGUUCUUUAAGUCUUCUUUCUUAGUUUACGAAGAAAAUAGGCGAAUGAAAUCUGUCAUCGAAGACUUGAGGGUAAGUCUGCAGAAUACAGACGCAGAGAACUUGGCAUUAAGAGUGAAAAUUCAGUUAUUGAUAGAUAAAAUAAGGUCUCAAGAAGCUGAUCGCCAAAAUGCUUUGCCCUCUUCCUUACAAUUUCAUGAAAUCCAGCCUCAGUCUCUCAUAAGGUCGGACCAUUGCUGCUUCAGAGCUGAAAAAUCGGAAGCAAGUGGCGUGUCGACCUCAUUCGUGACAAGUAACUGCCAGAUUUCGAGUAAUAUUAUUGAUGAUUUACAGUCGAAUACAGCAAAAGAGUCCGGAUCUAACACCACCCCAUCCAGCAAUGAGACCGACAUCAUUGUUGAGGCUUCAAAGUAUGAGUCGAAUGCUAGCAGCAUUUCUGAAAACAAUUAUAGAUUUUCCACUGGGUUGUCAAAUUUUGACCCCAUAUUAUCGAUGGACGAUUGCGCUAAAGUUAAAUUGCAACCCGAGACAAUGCGCACGAACACAAAUAAUAUAACAAUGGCAUUGCUGAGAAAUCAAUCUCAAGGAAACCAUCUGGCCAAGCAAGAACCAACGCUGAACAACGACCAAGAGAAGCUUCAGAGAACUGACGAGAUAUGCAACGCUGAAAACCCAUAUGUAAAGAAUACAAUUUCCUUGACUCCUGAACUUUUAUCACCUAACAUUUACUGUAUCCUUCCAAGUCAGGAUAGUGAUAUCCUACCACAAUCAUCAUUUACGCCACAACUUCCAAGCUACCACAAAGCGAAUUUGCUGCAGGAUGCCGGUAAACAUGAAAACAUGACAGCCAAGUUGCCUCGAAUAAUUGGCACGCAGGCCAAAGUUCUGUCUGUUGAAACGGUAAAACCCGGUAGAGAAUGCAUAAUAGACUCUCCAAUGCAAACACGAGGGGAAAAGGCGCAGGAAAAAACAUUCAACGCUGACUCCCCCUUGUCGAAAAAGUCACAAUCUGAUUUGAGUGUUUCAAUGCUAUCCUCAGUACCCAUGCCCUCUGACUUCACGUUAAUUCCGCAAGUUAUGACUUCAGGCCGUUUGUCUCUCAGAACUGAGAAUCCUAGAAACGUCAUUGAAGCUCGUCAGCCCAUGAAAAGUGUUUCCGUACCAGAGUUGAAUAAUUUACGAGUGAAUCUUCACUGGCAUCCUACGGUGAACUCCGAUACCGGCGCACAGCAGGAGCAGGCUCCCGAACAUCUACCUUCAAACGCCACGAUGACGAUGUCAAGCCACCAGUCCCUUGCAAACAAAUCGCAUCCACUACCGCGACUGCUGGCUGCUAGAGCGAUGCUUGAAGCGACGUUAAACGCCGUACUUCUGAAUAACAGGCUCAUCGCGAAUCUCGGAAUGAAGUCAUUGAUGAAGUCAUCCAAUAUUCAGCGUCCCGGAGUUGACGGGAGUCGAAGUGAUUACUUGUUGUCCAAGAUAAGUUCAUCCGAUAGCAAGAGGGAUGCAAAGCAACACUCAGGGCAGAUCUCAAAUACAGUAUACCGUGGAUCCCCUGAGGAGGAGGUGAAUCUCGAUCAAAGUUGUGCCAAGACUUGCGACUCCAACGCCAUGGUUGACGAAUUUGCGGGAAACUUGCAUAGGGAAGAUAAAUAUAAUUCACUGGCUUCAGGAAGCGAGCUUAACAAGCGAGAUAUGAGUUUGAGAGGUAAUCGAAUUUCAACGGUCAAUGAGGAUGAAAGAGUCAAGAGUUAUAAAGAAAACACAGAGGAAAAUAUUCCCUGGCCUUCGAUUUCCGAGUCAAGGAAAGAAGUGUUCGAUGCUUUCGCCUUGCAUCGCAAGGUUGAAGAGGAACCAGAAAUAAAUGAAGCGAGAAUAGUAAAGCAUAACGCCCAAACCAGUUCAGUUGAUGAAUUGCUAGCCGAAUUUAUGGAAUACUGCAAUGAAAAUGGAGUGGACAUCGAACACGAAACAAAAGAAAACCAACGUCAAAAGAAUUUGUCUUCUGUCCCCACCAGAGAUCUCAACCCACAACAUAAACAUGUUUAUCUCCACCCUACGGAUUGCAACGACGUUUCUCGUAACGCUCACCAGCUGGCUCAAAAAUCUACUUUAUUAGAGCACGGACUUCCCGUUGACAAUUUGAACAGGAGCAACGUUCCAUCGGAAGAAAUCUACAUCAGCAGCUGCGGCAGCGACGACAGUGGAAGAGGAGACAGCGAGGGUUCGAGCCCAUCUCCCGAGGACAUGUCAGGUACCUCGGAUGACAGUCUUUGGACUUCAGAAGACCUUGCAGUCCACUCAGACCUGCUUCACAUUCGGGAUAAGCGCUUCCAAAAUCAGUGUAGUCUGAGUCAACAUGUCAAUUUGUCGGAAAAUUUUGCACCUGCGGUGAAUGAUGCGAACUGUGCAGUGAAGCACGGAAAGAAUGAGCCGUACAGUUCUAUUAGUCCAGCAAAAAAUUACUACAUGGUCCCACAGGAGACAUAUGCUCGUUUUACCUCCCACAAAAAUCAAGAAUAUUACAGAGAAAUUUCGGAUCGUAAAUAUAACACUGAUUCUGUCCAUAAUUAUAUGCCCACGACAAUAGACGGUCUCAACAGAAAUAUUACCGACGAUUCCGUAAUUUAUCAGACUGUAGCAUCUUGCAUGGCAGACAAUUCAAAUCGCUGCAAUAUUUCAAAUAAGAACCGACCAUCAACGUCAACAGGAAAAGAUUUGAAAUUUGAGCACACUGGAGCGCAUGAUGGCUCGAAUUCAAACUUGAAAUCAAAUGGUUUGUUCGAAACAAGCGAAACUGAUUUGCAGGUAAUUGACCUCGAUGAUGAUGUCUCAAAUUUAGAUUUUAUUGGUCAAAAAACUGACCAUAAAUCCAGUGACCUCACGUGCGAGCGCAAGCAAAAAUCGUUCCUGGGUCGACGAUGUCGUUCGUUCAACACCUUCAAAAAUUUUCUGAGUCACACAGCUUCACAGCUGAAGAGGAAUGGCGGAGGACGUUCAAGUUUUUCGCUGCCUAGAGGGCCGUCGAAACUUCAAGAUGGUUUAAACGUUACCCAAGAACUUACUCAUGAAGCUCCCAAAUCCAUUGUUAAGCAGACAGUCUGCCAUUUCAACGAAGAGAAGAAAAAGAAGCGCAUCCGCUUUAAAGAUACAGUCGACAUUUUUCCAGCCAAAGGGGAACCCGCAGCUGUCCAAUCAACUUUUGAGAACACAUUCCAGGGUGAGGGUAACUCGCAUAUUUCAAUCGAUAAAAACAGUCCAUGCUUUAGCUCCUGCACUAACGGGCAACAAGAAAAUUUGCAGAGUUUAGCUCAUUUGGAGAAGCAGGAACGUUUAUCUUCAGAUUUUGAGGAAGGAUCAGAAAUUCCGACUAACUUCGAAACAAUAUUGAGCCCUAUCGGACAAGUAAACUGGAAUAUAAUGUCCGCAAAGAACGACCUUUGUUCACAAAUACAGACUGUGCCGAAUUCACAUUCAAUGGAAAAAUUAUCCGGUAUCUCAGGACCUUCAAGUACAUCAGAUCCUGUACCAAUGACCAUAGCGCAUACAUCGCGUGAUGCCAUCUCCGAGAGCCAGGAUUUGCUUGACGCUCUGGAGAAAGAUAUGGAAUUGAUGCUGCUAACUUUGACGGAAGAUGAGAAAAAUUUGUGAAAAACAUAUCUUGGGAAUCUAUUUAAUUUGUAUAGCAAUGUAAAAACUUGGAAAUAUUUCGUCAUCUAUUCAAUAGGUUAAACUACAGCAUAUAAAUUCAUAACCUGAAUAACAAUGAAACUCGCAUUCCCCGCGCAUUUUGCACCGCAUUUACUUUGUUUUUGCUGUGUUAGACAAUUUUCUGUAUUUAUUUUUUAAUUUCUCAAAAGUUCUUACACAUGUACAUCAUUUAAAAAUAUGUAUAAGAAAUCGCCUGUAUAAGAAAUCGCCCACAUCCCGUAGUGAACUAGAGGACGUACGUACUACUGACUGCAUUUAUAAUUAAUUUUUCCAGAGUUCUGUGUUUGCAGAUAAUGCAGAGUACGCAUGCAGAUAAGCUCAGUUUAUGUAGACAUACACGGUCUCCUCUCAUAUAUGUAGACGAGUACCUCUCUUCAAUAAGCCGAAUUAAAUGUGCAAGCAGAGUAUUGCUCCUCAAGCGUUCCAGCCAUCACUAUAAAUAUUGUAUUAGAUUCACUUUAAAACAAAUUCGUAAACGGAUCUAAUCACUAAUAUAUUUUCCAAGCUGCAUGCCAAAAUCUUAUCUUUUUGCAGGAUUUCCAUACCCCAGCAUUUUUGAAGUAUCGGGAUUUUCAGAAAUAAGUCUGAAAGACUCCCUAGGGUCACAAAUGUCAAUGAAGAAGUGAGCUAAGUUGAUCUCGCGGAAGCAUAGGCGGGUCUGAGCGUGGUUCUUACACCGUCUUUUUUGGUUAACAACUGCAAGCCGAGACUGGAAAACGUCAAACUAUCAUCGCAUGUAGAAAAGAGACGAGCGUGAGACUCGCUCGUCUCGCGAGGACUGAGAGAUGAUAGUAAGACUCGCUCGUCUCCCAACAACUGUGAGACGAGCGUGAGACUCGGAUGACCAAUCAAAUUCUUGUAUACUGGAUAUACAAGUAAUUUUGACGGUCAUUAUAAGAAUAUAACAGAAAUAAUUAUCUUUACUGUUAUUUUGUUCAUAAAAAACUGACCUGAACUUUGUAAUGAAUUAUCAAAGCUUCUUUAAUUGAGUCAGCCUCAAAAUCUCUCAUAAUUUUAUAUUUAAAAACCUACAAGAUAUUUGCAUUGUUCAAUAAUUCAUAUGGAAUAAAUUCAAUCGUCACUAAACUUCCAACGAAACAUUUGUGUAUGCAUGGUGUUAACAUAAGAAAUUGUAAAUAAAAUUGUACAUUUCACUUAAUGUGAAGUGAUUAGUUCUUCCAACACUGUCAUCUGUUUUGCUGUGAAAAAUUAGGACAGCUAAGUAAAGCUGUAAGUGGAUGUUAUGAUAUACACAUGUUCAUGAAAUAUAUAUUACAUGUUUA